UCAUCCUCAAACAAAGGAAGAAGCUGACAUCAGAGCCAUAGCCUCGGUACAGACAAGUGGUCUUACUGGGGCCGGUGAAGACAAUUGCAAACUCUCCAUAGUGCCUGUGAAAGUAAAGGCCAAGAAGGGGAAUACAACAGUGCAUACAUAUGCAUUCCUUGACCCGGGAAGCACUGCGUCAUUUUGCACAUUGGGGCUAAUGAAUAAGCUCAAUCUCCAGGGAAGAAAAUCAAAUAUUCUUCUGAGAACAAUGGGUCAAAGGAAGGUCGUUGAAACCAGCAUUGUUUCAGGCCUAGAGGUUACAGGACUUCAUGGCACUGAUUUCUGUGAUCUCCCAUGUGUGUACACUCAGAAGACUAUGCCUGUGCACAAAGGGAACAUCCCACAUCAAAAUGACAUCAAUCAGUGGCAUCAUUUAAAGAAUAUUCACUUACCUGAACUGGACUGUGAGAUUGAGUUGCUGAUUGGCUCCGAUGUACCAAAGGCUCUGGAACCACUUCAAGUCAUCAGGAGUGUGGGAGAUGGACCAUAUGCCGUCAAAACAAUGCUCGGCUGGACAGUUAACGGACCUCUGGUAAGAAAAGAAGAUGAAAGGAAACCAGAUGAAGCUGUUGAGAGACUGGCUGAGCAGAAAAGGAGACAAGAUGAGGAAGAAAGAAAAAGGAUUGAAGAAGAGAAAGUUAAACGAGAGGAAGAGCGGAGAUUGAGGAAGCAAGAAGAAGCUCUUGAGAGGUUGGCUGAGGAGAAGAGACAAGAGGAGGAAGAAAGAAAAAGGAUUGAAGAAGAGAAGGUUAGACGAGAGGAAGAGCAGAGGUUGAGGAGCCAAGAAGAAGCUCUUGAGAGGUUGGCUGAGGAGAAGCGGAGACAGGCUGAAGAAAGAAAAAGGAUUGAAGAAGAAGAGAAAGUUAGACGGGAGGAAGAGCAAAUGAUUUUGAGGAAGAGACAAGAAGAGGAGGAGCAGGUUAGGAGAGAAGAACAACAACAGCGUGAGAGACUAGAGGAGGAAAAGAAGAGACGAGAGGAACAAGAAAGAAAGAGAGUUGAGGAGGAAAGGAUUAGGAUGGAGGAAGAGAGGGUCCAGGAAGACAGGAGGAGAGAAGAGAGUAUCAGGAGACAAGAGGAAGAGUGUAGGUUAGCCCAGGAAAAGAGAAAGGAAGAAGAAAGAAUAAUUGAGGAAGAGAAAGUGAGAAGACGGGAGGUGGAAGAAUGUGAGGCAAAGAGGAAACUACAGGAUCAAGAAAAGAAGCAACAGGAGGAAAGGAUUUGGAAAAGGUGGAUUAAGGAGUAUCUUCCCCAACUGCAAGAACGACAGAAAUGGUCCAACAUAAGACGCAACUUCACACCAGGAGACAUCGUCAUCAUUGUGGAUGAUUCAGCGCCUCGCAACUCCUGGUUGACUGGAGGGAUUGUGGAGACCAUUAUGGACAAAAAGGGACUUGUACGUCAGCUUCGGAUCAAGUCAAAGAACGGAUUUCUGACCAGGCCCAUCACCAAAGUCUGCCUACUACUGGAGGCAGCGGAUCAUUGACUGACGCAAACUGACUUUUGACCCCUUGACUUUGUUCCUGAACACUUGACUUUGAUUAAUCACUCUUUCCUUGGACAACGUAUAUCGGAUUACAAAUAAUGAAGAAAGAAAAUAUAUUUACAUACUAUGUUGAUUGUUAUGUCAAAUUUGUAAUUAUUAUUUGAAACAUAAUAAUUAGGGGCCGGAAUUGUAGGGGCCAAAAUGCAUAUUUGGUCUGUUUGUUUAUUGUUUAUUUUGAAAGGUUAGUCACACUGUUUUGGAUCAUGUCACUUCCGUUUGAUUGACACAUGGGUGUGGCUUAAUCUAUAUAC